ACAGAUGCCGCAGAACGAUGCCUUAGGCGCGGAUAACUCUAUGUCUCAAACACAGAAAAGCAAUGAGAAUAUGAGCUCUGGUCAUCUGAGUGCCGUGUCACACUUCUUCAGUCGGAGACGCUCUGCGAACAAGUCGUCUAAAAAGAAAUAUGCAGACCCCGAAGUAGUGAGACAGAAGGAGGAAUCUACCCGGCUGGCCAAACGUACGCAGAUGGUCAGUCUUGUUUGGGGUCUGCUUGGAUACAUGCUGUGCAUUGUCUGCUUUGGCCCGGUGUUCGGGAAGAUCCUCUAUCUGUACGAGCACAGAACACCGGCUGUAGAGGAUGUUGCGCUCAAUCUACAAGUGAGACUUCAGACGUUGUCCGGAUAUAAUAAUACCGAACUGACCUCUCGGUUUGCGGAGAAUGUGUCACGGAUAUUCGUGAACAGUACACUAACCGCUAAUGAGACUAUUGCAGAGACAAAGAGAGCUCUUGUGGGCCUGGCUACG